AUGUCAACACUUAUUUCAAAAGGAGACUGCCAAUGCGGUGCAAUUAAAAUUAGCUUCAAAGGCGAACCAAUUAAAUCUUUUAUCUGCUAUUGCGUUGAUUGCCGUAAAGGUUCAGGCCAUUUGGGCCAAAUGUUAUCAUACUACAACACAAGUGACGUUGAAAUUACGGAUAGUCAAUCGUGUUUGAAGGAGUUUAUUGUAACCAAUACAAAAUCUGGUUCUCCAAAGAAGAAGGAAUUCUGCGGAAAUUGCGGUUCAACCAUCCGUACUCUACCAAUGAAGUAUAACGGUGAGGUUUCGAUGGUGAGACCAACUCUUCUUGAUGAGAACUUUACCAUGUGCGCACCUAAGAUCGCAAUAUUUGGAGAUUCAAAGACAGAAUUUAUUGAAGGGGUAGAAAGUGAAUUCUUUUGA